AUGUUGACGCUCAAGGGGAUGUCGGUCAAGACGGUUCGGAAUAGACUGCCGCCACUGCGGGCCGUAGCGAGCAUUUUUUCGAGGACGAGGUUCUGGUUUUUGGUGUUUCUGUCGGCGUUCAUCGUCAUAUUAUGGCGAGGCGUGAAUUCCUCGGCUGCGAAUAUGCAAAAAUAUUACUGCUUCGGACCCGCAAAGUCACCACUAGAGAUCUCACAGAACGAGCACGCAAAAUGGCACAUGCAUCACCAGACACCGGUACUGUUCAACCACCACAAGCCGAUCGAGGUCAAUGCGAGCACGAUCCAGUACAUCGACCUGAACAAAGUCUCGUCCACCACCGACGCCAUCAAGAACAAGGAGCGGAUUCUGAUACUCACCCCCCUCCGCGACGCCGCAUACUACCUGCCCAAGCACUUCGAGCUCGUUGCGCAGCUGACGUACCCCCACGAACUCAUCGACCUUGCGUUUUUGGUCUCUGACUCCACCGAUGAUACCCUCGCCGUUCUCGCCGCGGAGUUGGACCGCGUCCAGAACCAGCCCGAUCCGAAGCUCGGCGGCCCAUUUCAUAGUGUCACCAUCGUGCAAAAGGAUUAUGGCGUCGCCGAGAGUCAGGAUGUUACCGUGCGGCACUCGUUCGAAUUCCAAGGCCCCCGGAGAAAGGCUAUGGGCAUGGCCAGGAACUUCUUGCUCAGUGCCACGCUGACAGCGGAGCACUCGUGGGUGUACUGGAGAGAUGUGGAUAUCGUCGAGAACCCCAAGAGCAUCAUCGAGGACUUCAUCAAGCACGACAAGGAUAUUCUCGUCCCGAACAUCUGGUUCCACCGUUAUGAGGGCAACCACGACAUUGAGGGCCGCUUCGACUACAACUCGUGGCAGGAGUCUCCCGAGGCUCUCAAGCUUGCAGCCAGCCUUCCCAAGGACACUGUUCUCGCCGAAGGCUACGCACAGUACGAUACCAAGCGCAAGCACAUGGCCAUGAUGGGAAGCCGCGGCGAUAACCCCGACGAGGAGAUUGAGCUCGAUGGUAUCGGAGGUGUCAACAUCCUCGUCAAAGCGGAUGUCCAUCGUGCCGGCAUCAACUUCCCCUGUUACGCCUUUGAGAAUCAGGCGGAAACUGAGGGCUUCGCAAAGAUGGCCAAGCGUGCGGGCUACCAGGUCAUCGGUCUGCCUAACUAUGUCGUGUGGCACCUCGACACGGACGAGAAGCCCGGCAACCUUAAGGGCAGACCUGCAUAG